UCUCCGGCGGCACCAGAUCUGACCAUUCUCUGGUUCCGCCAUCUUCUCUCCACGGCGCCAUCUUCCCCAGCUUUGGCAGACUGUCAAAUACACCAAGAGGCGGGAGAUUUCUAGGAUCGAAGGCAUCUCGAUCUUUCCUAUUCUCGGAGCUCCGGUGCUUUGGCCGACUGUCAAAAACACCAGUACCGGCGAGAUCAGGGCAAAAUGAAAUCAAAAGGCUCCAAGGGAAAACGAGCUCAAGCACCGAUAUCUAGCAGCAAUGUGCUUAAUGUCAGUGAGGCCGAGUGUGAUGAUGUUGGAAUGGAUUCCUCAGUGGGGAAGAGAUGGAAAUAGAAAAUGAUGCAAGUACGAGCAAGGUGGCUGCUAGUGAUCAUAUUGGUUCAGCUUCGACUGAUAUUGAGUCACCAAUGCCAAAAGGGAGGCGGCUUAGAUCAAAAGUUUGGGUCCAAUUCAGGAGUUAUAAGAAAGACGGCUUAUUCAAGGCAUCAUGCAUCAAAUGCGGGAAGACUUAUGCAUCUAAAUCACCCAUAAAUGGAACUAGUGCACUCCGCAAUCAUAUGAGUAAACCGUGCGGUGAUGGAAAAGGUAUGGCUCAACAACUAUUGAAUACUAUUAGAGGUGAAUUAGAUGAGGGGGAUGGAUCUGUGUUAGGGAGUUGGAAGUUUGAUCAAGCAGCUAUAAGGAAAGGAUUGGCUUAUAUGAUCAUUGUGGAUGAAUUGCCUUUCCGAUUUGUUGAAUAUUUGGGUUUCAAAUACUUUAUGUCACUUGCUUGUUCUAGAUUCUACAUACCUUCUAGAAGAACAGUGACUAGU